AUGUAUUCCAAGCUCAGCAUCGUAGCGCUUUGCGCUGCCGCCUCAGUCCAGGAGGUGGCCGCCGCUUCUCUCCACCGUCAUAUGCACCCUAAGAGGGGCAUUGUUUAUGCUGAGACUGACACCGUCGUCAUCACUGACUACGUGACCGUUACUGUCACUGCAGGCGAAGAGGGACCGACCGAAGCAGCACUUCCUGCUACCUCCUCGAUCGACUUUAAGGGUAAGGGCAAAGGAGACAGCUCCGAGUAUCCCGCCGCUCCAGUCAGCUCGUCGUCUACCUCGACUAGCUCAUCGUCUUCUUCAUCUGUUGUUGUCGUCUCUACCACUGUUCCGGCGGCUGAGCCCACCUAUCCUACAUCGACUCCCACAACCCUGAUCGCUUCGGUCAAGGUCCCCUCUGUGCCUGUUGUUGAGUCCAUUGCCAGCUCCUCUUCUUCUGAGGCGGUCCCCAAUGUACUCUACCCCACAACCCAGGCCCAAUCCUCGGCUGUCGCCACGUCGACAUCUGCUGCGGCAGCCUCGUCGGCCACUACUGUUACCUCAUCCACUUCUAGCACCGGCAAGCGAGGUGCUGCGUACAAUGAUGCCAGUCUUGUCACCGAUGCCCUGAACCUGGGAGCCAAGCUCUCGUGGGCAUACAACUGGGGUUCUGAUUCUGGUGGUCUUAAGGCUGACGUCGCCUAUUAUCCUAUGCUUUGGUCCUCCGUGUCGGAUUAUUCGUCCAACUGGGAUUCCAAGGCAGAGGCUGCUAUCUCUAGCGGAUCCGACGCUUUCCUCAGCUUCAACGAGCCUGAUAUUGCCGCCCAAUCUAACCUAUCGCCUGCGCAGGCUGCUGCCGGUCACCAAGAAUUCUUCGGCAAGUACGCUGGUAAGGUGAGAAUUGGUUCUCCUGCCAUUUCUAGCAGCGAGAACGCGGGCCAAGGUAUCGACUGGCUUAAGCAGUUCUUGGACGCCUGCGACGGUAAAUGUCAAAUUGACUUCUGUGUCGCUCAUUGGUACGGCCCUGGCGGUAACGCAGGUGCGGAGCAAUUCUUAGACCACGUUACCAAGGUCCACGAGGCUUGCAACAACAAGAAUGUAUGGAUCACUGAGUUCGCCGCUAACGGCGGUGGCGACGUAGAUGCAUUCAUGAGCGCCAUCACUCAGAAAUUGGACAGUGAUGAGUACAGCUUCGUUGAGAAGUACUCCUACUUCAUGCUGAGCCAAGGCAGCCUCAUGAACUCGCCUACCGAGUUGAGCUCUUACGGCAAGAUCUUUGCCGGGACCGCCUAA